AUGGCUACGUCUGCAAGGGACAUAAAUGCCCGAGAGGGAUCAAAUCUCAACCCUUCACAAAGCUUGAAUUUCUCUACCUCUCCUACCGCUUCUUUCCAGUCUGCUCCAUCCAGCCAUGGUGGCUCGGCUUUUGGAAGCCGUACGAUACCUCUAGCAAAUGCAAAGCAUUUGAAACCGUUCGCCACGGAGGAUAUUAAGGUCUUGCUUCUGGAAAACGUCAACCAAACGGGUAGGGACAUCCUUACCAAACAGGGCUAUCAGGUGGAAUUUCUUAAAUCUUCCCUUCCGGAAGAUCAGCUCAUUGAGAAAAUUCGAGAUGUACAUGUGAUUGGGAUUCGAUCGAAGACCAAGCUGAGUGCUCGUGUUUUAAAGGAAGCUCGGAAUCUCAUUGUUAUUGGUUGUUUCUGCAUUGGAACGAACCAGGUUGAUCUACAAUUUGCAGCUGAACAUGGAAUUGCGGUCUUCAACUCACCGUUUAGCAACUCCCGUAGUGUUGCAGAAUUGGUUAUAGCUGAAAUCAUUGCUCUUGCCCGUCAACUGGGUGACCGUUCCAAUGAGAUGCAUAACGGCACAUGGAACAAAGUGAGCAACAAGUGCUGGGAAAUUCGCGGAAAGACCCUUGGUAUAAUCGGAUAUGGCCAUAUUGGCGCUCAACUGUCUGUUCUAGCAGAGGCUAUGGGCAUGUCAGUUAUUUUCUACGACGUAGUGAACCUGAUGGCAUUGGGUACUGCUCGCCAAGUACCAACCCUUGAGAUCCUCUUGUCUGAGUCAGACUUUAUCACGUGCCAUGUUCCUGAGCUCCCAGAAACACGGAACAUGAUAGGACAACGCCAGUUUGAGCAAAUGAAGUCUGGUAGUUAUUUGAUAAAUGCCAGUCGGGGAAGUGUUGUGGACAUUCCUGCUCUAAUCCAUGCAAUGCGGUCCGGGAAAGUGGCGGGUGCUGCUCUCGAUGUCUAUCCCAAUGAGCCAGCUGGAAAUGGUGAUUAUUUCAAUCAAAGCCUCAAUGACUGGGCAACGGAUCUCAGGGGACUUAAGAACUUGAUCCUCACGCCACAUAUUGGAGGUAGCACAGAGGAGGCGCAGCGUGCGAUUGGCGUUGAGGUCGCAGAAGCCUUGGUGAGAUAUGUUAAUGAAGGCACAACACUGGGGGCCGUAAACCUGCCGGAAGUUGCUCUGCGGUCCCUGACGAUGGACGAACCCGACCAUGCCCGAGUCAUCUUCAUUCAUCAGAACGUUCCGGGUGUUUUGCGAAAAGUUAAUGAGAUCCUUGGCGAUCACAAUGUUGACAAGCAAAUGACCGAUAGCAGAGGCGAUGUGGCCUACUUGAUGGCCGAUAUUAGCAGUGUCGACAACACGACAAUCAAGGACUUGUACGAAAGGCUUGAAAGCCUCGGAUGUACGAAAUCUCUUUCUUCGAUAUCACAUUAUGACUUUCCUGACUGA